CCCACCUGCAACCUUCCCGCCCUCACGAACGUUUUUCCAACUACACAAACCCCAUCCAACACCUACGCAUCCGCCGACAUCUCGUAUUUUAUCCAUCGCAUCCUCACCAGCGCUCUUCGUGACGCGCCUCUCGCACCGCUAUCGUCCGGCAGACACAGUGCGUAGGGGAAACAAGGCCAUUGUCUCAAGACGCGGUUUUUGACCACGCGAAAUCAAGCUUUCGAAGCCAAAUCACAUCAACAAUCGCACACAACGCCCGCAACUAAAGGAACUUCCAACCACCACCAAAACGCAACUGAGGAGGAAACAGGACGGUGAUUGCCACCCUGAUUUCAGUCCUCAGCCAGGCGCAAGAUACAAGUCGGAUCUGGUCCGGCUUCCCGCAGGCGCUCUUUUAUUCACUCUGAUUGUGUCGCAAAGCGCACAUCCUCGACCUUUCUUUUUGCGCUCGCGCUUGCGCACACAAAUACACUUCGAAGACCCCACCCGUUCUCCUUCUUCCACCCAUCGAUACAGUUGUAUGCGACAAAGGCAUUCAUCAUCCUGUAUCUGUAAUCAUGCCGCCAUCCACAAAGCGUUCCCAGAGGUCGCGACGGGAGGCGAUUAAUAAUGUCGACGUUCCUGAUUCAUCCCCCUCAAGACCUGCGAAGAGAAGAAAGAGAGUAAGUCCAAAAGCAUUCUGCCAAAUUAUUACUGCAUACUGAUUCGUAUCUGAAAGGUUGAUGAGCCACUUGAGGACCCCGCCCAAGAGCCAGAACCCGCGAAACUUCCCCUCGAUAGAUCAGGUGUAAAUAUGAUUGACGAAGAGUUGAUCCAAGCCGUCGUCCCCACUCUUCUCAUGCCACCACACUUUGUGCAAGCAAGCAAAGACCACGAUAAUGCACUAUAUGAGAUCCACAAUAAGGAGGGGGUCCAGGCAUAUGCCAAACUUGCUGCAAAGGGCUGGACUUUCUACGUUAAGAAUCUGAAUAAUGUUAUUGGCCGUCCUCCAGAAGGUGUCGCAUCGGGCUCACAAACACAAGCCAACACUUUGCCUGGAGAGUCCGUAGGCCACGACGGUGUUCACAUUGAUCUGGGACCUAACAAGAUGGUAUCUCGGCUCCAUGCUGAAAUCUACUUUGACUCAGACUCCGAACGUUGGAACAUUCAUGUUCAAGGCCGAAAUGGAAUCCGCAUUAAUGAUAGCCCCUGUCGGAAAGGCACCAGAGCACCACUUAUCAGUGGCCAGGUAAUUGAGAUUGGAGGUGUUGAGAUGAUGUUUGUUCUGCCCCAAGAGGAAGGGAGCUUAAAAGUCAGCAAUAAGUUCCUUGCCAGAGCUGGACUUAUUCAACCUGAGGAUGAUAUCAAGGGCGAAGAAACCGAACCAACCAGUCCAUCGCAGAUUUACUCAACACAAUUACCCCGCGGCUCAAUUGGCUCUGGUCCUCUGCCAAUUGCUCCUGCACCUCCAAAUUAUCAACGCCCAGGCACCCCUGUCAGUGCACGAACUAAGCAUCCUUACUCUAUUGGCAAAUCUCCAGCUUAUGCUGGUGGUACAAUGCUAAUGAAUGCUGAUGAUGUGGACUUGAGUUUGGAUUCAAAUCAACACAUCAAGCCUUCUUACAGCUAUGCCCAGAUGAUAAGCCAAGCUAUUCUCGACACAGAAGAUGAGAAAUUGAAUUUAGCCGGAAUCUAUCAAUUUAUCCAGGAGAAGUUUGCGUACUAUAGACAUCAACUUGGGGGUGGAUGGCAGGUUUGUAGCCCUCAUUUUCUCACUUGGUGUAUUGACUAACUUUUGGUAGAAUUCAAUUCGACACAACUUGUCAUUGAACAAAGCCUUUCACAAGGUCGCACGUUCAACUGACGAACCUGGAAAAGGUAUGAAGUGGUGUAUUGUUCCAGAGGUUCGAGAUGAGAUGGCCAAGAACUGCGUCAGAGGUGGUCGAGGUGGCCACAGAGGCUCUUCUGCUCCCGGAACUCCAGCCAACCUCAAUAGUAUCCCCCGAGUCUCCAAGAAUGGCGAAACCGGCUCCACAGUCAGAGGUAAGCGAACGUCACGAUCUAAGUCGCCUCCAUCUAGUGCCCUCCAUACCCAUGGACCGCAGUUCACUCCUGAUCGUGGCGGACGACCAUUGGCACAAGAUGACCUCCCUGGCGAUGGAAGUCCGUUACCUCGACAUCGAAGAACCAACAAUGGUGCUUUGGGCCUCUCUGGAAACGCUCCUGGCUCUCCACCAGCACUCUCAUCGUCUUACCUACAGGAGGAAGCUGGUUCAAUGCAAACUCCAGCACCCCACCGUGUAAUUCCCCACCUGGCACCACCUAGUACAGCUCAACGACCAAGUCAACACAUGCCUACCAGUUCUCCUGCACCCUUCUGGAAGUAUGCUGAUAUCGGUACAACACCCAUGAAGGGUCCUGCUUUUGAUGCCAGUCCUACCAAAGGAGGUGGCGAUCUUGGAGUCCCACCAAGCAGUAGUCCUCCCCCACCUCGCCGUGCUGCCGCUAUGAGUCCUACCAGAGAUGGAAAGUCUGGAAGACUCGUAGCAAUUGAAGCGGAUGAGGCUGAGGAUGAUGAGGAAGAGGGAGGAUUCGACCUAUCAAGGUAAGUCGAUCUUGACGAUUUAUUGCUUACUAUGUUCCCCACUGACAUCUUUUACAGAGGCUUUCAAAGCAUUGGCUCCUAUCACGCUCCUGUUGGCAAUGGCGUUUUCGUCUCUCCACCUACCUAAGAGAAUUGUCCAUUUUUCGCCUUGUUUUGGUAUCUUGUCGUGACACUAAUUUUAUAUUUAGAUGGAGUUGCCGACACUUCCGCUUUGGUUAAUUUGAUUGAGCUCAUCGUUGACAAACUCCUAGGAUUACGUCCUCAAGCUGGUUGGCUCAUUUAACCGAAAAACAAAAAGACAAAACAAGAGAAAAAAACUUUGAUUAUAGCAUAGCGAAACUACGGUCGGGGUAUUUUUGACGAAUUUUUCCUGUAAUGGUGGGAAUCUUUCUGUACUGGUGGGAGUUCGCCUUUGCUGCAGGGAUAUGAAAACACGGAGUUGAUUGCUUUGCACUCCUUUUGGAAGGACUGUAUUCUAGUAUCUGGGAACAGACGAAUUUCGGGCUUUGAGUGGUUGGUUGGUUGGUUGGUUGAUAUGCUAGUAUGUCUGCCGAAUGAAAACGUUGCAUUAAUCUACCUGCUGUGCCUCGAUAUUUGCUAUGAUGUUGGUCUUGAGGCUGAUUGGUGUAUGAGAGAUCUUGAUUUUU